UCCAUCUUUUAAAUCCUGCUGUGGACUUCUCCCUGGUGUAAUUGAUGCUAGAGGAUUUGUAGUACUUGAUGGAGGAAUCUAGUGAUGAUGCAAAGACUUGCCCUCGAGGGCACUGGAGACCUGCAGAGGACGAAAAGCUCAGGCAACUUGUGGAAGAAUAUGGUGCCCAGAACUGGAACUCGAUUGCAGAGAAGCUCCAAGGAAGAUCAGGGAAGAGUUGCAGAUUGAGGUGGUUUAAUCAACUCGAUCCUAGAAUUAACAGAAAGCCAUUUACAGAAGAAGAAGAGGAAAGGCUUCUCGCAGCACAUCGCAUUCAUGGAAACAAGUGGGCACUAAUUUCCAGGCUAUUUCCAGGUCGAACAGAUAAUGCUGUGAAGAAUCAUUGGCAUGUAAUAAUGGCAAGAAAGCAAAGGGAGCAAUCCAAGCUAUGUGGGAAGAGGAGUUACAAAGAUGUUCUUAGUGAUUCCAACACUUCCUCUAAUGGUUUUCGAGGAAGUGAUUCAAGGUCUCAACAGUAUAGCUCAGCAAACCGGCUUGAGAAUAGUAGGCUCUUUGAAUUCUUGAACCCAAAUAAAGAUGGGAUUUUCUCAAUAUCACCCUCAAGUUCUUCACCUUCUUGGACUUUUGCCCGAUCAAUAUCCAAGGCUACAAACAACUCAUCUUCUACAGAUUUACCCAGAAGAGGAGGAAGAGAUCAUUUCAAUUCUUGUUCUAGUGAUGGCAUCAUGGACAGCCAAAAUAGUUUAGACCGAUCUCUCUACAGAUACUUUUCUAAUUCUUCAGCAUAUGGCGGAUAUAGGACUUCCACUGCAUUUGGGUUUCCGAACUACAAGAGGGUAGUUUCAAGUCCAGUUGGGUACUCUAAACUCGGUGAUCCCCACGGAAUGCUCAAGAGAGAGUUCGUGAAUUUUGGUGAUAACUCGCCCACAUUUGCAAAGAUGAUAAUGACCAACCAGCAAGAGGAAGAAGAUGAAUCCAUCAAACAAAAGAAUAUUCCAUUCAUAGAUUUUCUUGGCGUGGGAAUUUCUUCCUGACCACCCAAAAACUCCCUUCUAUUUAACUUCUGUUCUUAUAUAUAAUAGUUUUAGAGCAUAAAUA